AUGGAGGAUACAGUGUCACUGCGGAUGGUCGAUUACGUUGUGAUAGCCCUCACAUUGUCUGUAUCCUUGGGGAUCGGAGUCCUGUUUGCUGUAAAAGAUUUCAGAAAUGUCAACAGAACUGAGUAUUUACUUGGCGGACGACGCAUGUUUAUGUUGCCUGUUGCACUAUCUAUUUUUGCAACGUUUACAUCAGGAAUUUCUCUUAUGGGGAUCGUUACUGACAUUUACAUGAACGGAGGCAUGGCUGCUAUACUUUCCGUUGGGAUGAUGAUAGCUUACGUUGUUGCUGCCUUCACAAUUGUGCCUCUGCUGUACCCGCUGCAGUACCACUCCAGAACUCUACGAUUAUUCGCUGUCAUGGUUGGAAUUCUACAAACACUUUGCUAUAUGGCCAUAGCUCUUCUCUCCCCAGCUUUGGCGUUGCAGGCCGGGGCCAAUCUGCCAAUGUGGGUAUCUGUUGGUAUUGUGGGUGUAAUUGGUACCGUCUACACCGCCAUCGGUGGAAUUAAGACUGUCGUAUGGACAGAUGCGUUUCAGGGUCUAGUGAUGAUUGGAGGUCUGGUUACGAUCAUCAUUAAGGGAUCGAUUAUUGUGGGAGGUGGAGGAGAAGUUUGGAAAAUUGCAAGAGCUGGAGGUCGCGCAGACUUCACAAACUUCGAUCUCGAUCCCCGAGUUAUAGACACAUGGUGGGGAGGAACCAUAGGAACGGUUUUCUUUUGGUUAGCAACCAUCUGUAGCCAAUCCUCUGCACAGCGAAUCUCAGCCAUGAAGUCAAUGACCGAGGCUAGAAAAGCAUUCCUAUUGAACGGUGCUAUAAUCCUAAUGUUUGGAGGCCUGAUGCUUGCUGUUGCGUGGGUCAUGUACGCCUAUUUCUCUCAUGUGCGUUGUGAUCCUUUCCAGGGAGGCCUUAUCAGAAACGCUAACCAACUACCACCAUAUUUUGUGAUGCACGCACUGACAGAUUUGCCAGGAAUGGGUGGGCUUUACUUUUCGAUGAUAUUUAGUGGUUCUUUGAGUACAGUCUCUUCUGGAAUAAGUUCUCUGGCCGCCAACACAGUGGAGGACCUACUGAAGGCGCCGUUGAAGAACAUGCAAGAAGCUACCGUUACGCUUAUUACAAAAUUGUUAGUGUGUUCAUAUGGUAUGUUGAUUAUUGGACUUGCUUAUGGGGCUAGCUAUCUAAAGGGCCCUGUGACGAAUAUGAUGGCUAGUAGCGUUGGAGCCUGUGGUGGGCCUAUUCUGGGUAUAUUUCUUCUUGGUGCCCUUAUUCCCUGGUCUAACAAAUACGGAGCUAUAGGCGGGGGUGUCGUUUCACUAGUAAUCAAUAUAUUGUUAACAUUAGCAAAUUUGACGUAUGGGUCUAAUGUGAAAUUCUUGCCCGCUCCAACGAGUGAUAUGUGUCUUCAGAAUUCCUCUAACAUCUCUGCUGCUGCAAUCAAUGUGUCCAGGAUAUAUUUUAAUAACGACACACUGUAUAAACAUGGUGCCAAUCAAACUUUUGUUAGUCAAACAGUAAAAUAUCGUCGGUAUAGUUUUUUCUUGUAUAAUAUCUCAUUCGAAUGGUACGGAUUAAUUGGAACCUCUGUGUGCCUUAUGUUAGGCAUCUUCAUUAGCCACUGUACCAGGAGACGAUGUAAGAAAGUUACUGAUGCCAAACUACUCUUUCCUUUUGUUCGUCGCAUUUGUUUAUCAAGGCGGUUUAAUGACACUGAAGAGCCCAAAGACCCAGAAGGAAAUUGCAAGCUAAUUUUGCACAUAUCUGAUAUGCAAGAAAAUAUGCCAACUAAAGCUUCUAGUAAAAGCCAUGAGGUCCAGAAAAAUACACAUGAUGUUGAUAACUCCCAACAUGCCAUCCUCUAG